AUGACAAAUUUUAAUUGGAUAAUAAUUCUAAUUAGUAUUCUUUGUAUAUUAACAAUCGCUGUAUCUGACAAUAGUGUUAAUCUUUUACCAAAAUCAAUUCAUGAACUUAAACAAUAUUAUGAUGUAAUCAAAAAUUUAGAAAAACGUGGUAUUUUAAAUAAUGAAAUUGCUGCUAAUGAAAAACAAUUAUACAUUGAACAUGCAUCAAAACUUGUCGGGAGUAAAGAAUUAUUAACUGAGGAAGAAUUCAUAACAUGGAAACAACGAGAAUUGAUUGUAUCUUUUUCAAACAUAAUAGCUAUAUUAGCUGGUAUUACUGUUAUUAUAGCGCUAACCGUAUUAAUUGGUAUCUAUAUAUUACCAAUAUUAGUUCAUAUACCAGCUAUUUAUUGGGAAAUAUUCUUUUAUAUAAUAUCAAUAUCUUUAAUGAUAUUAAAUCAUAAUUCAUGGUUAAUUUUCUUUGGUUGUCUUACAUUUCUAGCAACAUUAUCAUUUACAAUUAAAUUACAUUUUUCAAGAGAUAGACAUGCUGUUUUAAAAGCAUGUUGGAUAUGUUUUUUUGUUUGGACGAUUGUAGCUAUUUAUCAACAACAUCGUGAAGCAGGUUAUUUAGCUGUUAUGGCAUUAGAAGCAUCAUUAGGUUUUAUAAUAUUUGUUGGAGAAUUAAUUAUUGUAAUUGGUUUUCAUAAUGAAAAAGUUAUUCCAAGUGCAACAAUAGCUUCAUUUAUUUUAAUUCUUAUUGGAAGUAUUUUACAUAUUCAACAACGGUCAAAUAUAUUAACAAUACCAUUUACUCGACCAUUAUUAUUUUUAGGAACAUUUGUUUAUUUUAUUGGAUUGCUUAUUCUUAGUUCAAGUUUAUAUACUAAACAGAACGCAGGAAAACUUGCAGCUUUAUUAUUACAAAUUAUUGCAUUUUGUAGUGGACUAGCAACAAUGUUUUUUGGUCCAAUGCUUGAAAUACCAUUUAUUCAAGCUAUUGGUGGUACAAUGUUUGUUAUAUGGCUAUUAGAAAAAUAUGUUGAAAUUGCACCAUGGAAAAAUACAAUAGCAGUUGCUAGUAGUUUGUUAGGUUUUGGAUUAUUACUAUAUGGAUUUGCAUAUUUUUUGAAAACGAAUCCUGAAUAUUUUAUUUUUCAUAUAUAUUCUUCGAAAUGA